AUGGCCGCGCAAAAGACCGAACCCCUUCCCGGGACGGGAGCGAUCCCGGCGAACCAGUGGGCCGCUGCGGGCGACGAGCGUCUAGAACCCGACGAGCGCCAGCCGUUGCUGCUAAACAAUGCUAGCAACGUAGAAGACGUGGAAUCGCUGCGGCCGACGUUGAGUCGCACCAGCCAACCCAUCCUCGAUGCGCCCGACGAGGCGACGUGGACGCCACCCUCGGGAUUCAUGUGGAUGGAGAUUGCCAUCAUGACCAAUGUCUUUCUGUACGGUUUCGACGGCACCAUCACGGCAUCGACCUACGCCGUCAUCAGCUCCGAGUUUGGCGCGGCCAACAAGGCCUCGUGGCUCACCACGUCGUACCUCAUCACGUCCGCUGCCUUUCAGCCGCUGUACGGCCGAGUCUCGGACAUCUUUGGUCGUCGCGUAUGUUUCUUCAUCUCCUCCGUGGCGUUUGCGGUCGGAUGUCUUGGCUGCGGUCUCGCCCCAGACAUCGUAACGCUCAUCGGCAUGAGGGCGCUCGCUGGUAUUGGUGGCGCUGGCCUAAUGACAAUGGCGACAAUCAUCAACUCGGACCUUAUUCCCUUUCGCAAGCGUGGAAUGUACCAGGCGAUGCAAAACGGCAUCGUGGGAUUCGGGGCCAUUUCUGGCGCUGCAUUCGGUGGCAGCAUUGCCGACUCAAUCGGUUGGCGGUGGUGCUUCAUUGCGCAGGUGCCUUGUGCCAUGGCCGCUCUUGUAUUUGGCGCCAAGGUUCUCACCAACCCACCGGGCAUCGCUUCCUCGCUGAAUAGUGGUCUCGAUCUGGUCUGGAAGCGUGUAGACUUUCGCGGCGCCGUUCUGCUAGUCUCGGCCAUCUCGCUGCAGCUGCUGGGACUGAGUCUUGGCGGCAACGAGCUGCCGUGGGGUAGUCCAUGGGUCAUUGGGCUUGUGGUGGCAAGCUUUGUGCUGCUGGGAUUAUUCCUGCACGUAGAGGCGACUACGAGCGCCAUGCCCAUCAUUCCACUGCGUCUCUUUAAAGGAAGGCUGCCAGUACUCAUCCAAACCGCCAACCUACUAGCCGGCGCAGCUGCCUAUGCUUAUUUGUUCAUGCUGCCUCUAUUCUUCCAAGCUGUUCUGCUAGAGCCCGCCGCAAAGGCUGGUGCGCGCCUUGCCAUCCCAUCAUUGGCCGGACCCUUGGGUGGUCUGGUAGCUGGCGUUGUCAUGUCACGCUGGGGAAAGCUUGUGCCGCUUGUACGAGUCGGUGCGUUUUUCAUGCUGCUCGGUAACACCCUGACUGCGACCCUUGCAUUUUCAGACUCGUCUUGGAAGUACUUUGCCUAUAUUUUUCCCGCCAACUUUGGCCAAGGCAUCAUCUACCCAUCGAUUCUGUUCACUUCGCUAGCUUCUUUUGAGCACGCCGAUCACGCUGUUUCCGCUUCGACCGUAUAUCUCGUCCGAUCUCUCGGUACAAUGUGGGGGGUUUCGAUAACAUCAGCCAUCGUGCAGACGACGCUUAGCGUUCGUCUGCCCGAGGCUUUGGGUGAUGUUCCAAAUAAAUGGAAAAUUAUUGAUGAUAUUCGACACUCUGUGGAUGCGCUCCGCAACCUGCCGCCCGAAAUCCAGCUCAAGGUACAGCAUGUUUACUACGAUGGUAUUCGAUACUCGUUUACGGCCUCUGCAUCUGCCACGGCUCUAGUUCUCAUCGCGGCACUACUGGCCAGCUCUACCGCCCUACGCAAGACUCACUAG